UCCACCUGUAUUUGUGCACUACUCCAAAGAAAAGAAAGGAAGUAUGUGAGACUGUCACAAGUGAAACUGCGGAUACAAGGGGCACCAGCGACACAAUGUAUGGGGAAGUACCAACACAACUUUCUUCUGACCUUACGGAAUUCCAGUGCAGUUACAACAUUGAAGAUUUCCUUUGUUUACCACCGGAUGCAGUGGUUGCAAACGACAGGUUGUUAGCAACACAAAUACAAAACGAAGAGAACGACGGUUUCAUUUUGUCAUUGGAACAGAAUACUGAGAAUACACCUGUUACUCCUGUGAGUCCAACAGCCGAUAUCUCGAUUUGUCUUCAUAGAGGACGGGUAUUUGAAGAGCUAAUAAAUAUAUUUCUGGAGAGAAGAAUGGUCGGUAGUAAAAUACAUGUAACUCUCAUGCUCCCCAAUGGUGAAUUGGAGUGUGCCGAAGAUUUGGGUGGGGUAUGGAGGGAUGCACUUAGCGAGUUUUGGAAUUCCAUGUAUGAAAAAUGCACAAUCGGUACAAACAUUAAAGUUCCCCAACUAAGACACGAUUUUGGAGUAGAAAAAUGAUUAUCGAAAUGUUUCAUGGAAUACACAAUUUUCAAACAAUGUUCUGGAGACGUAACUACCGAUUUUUUUGGUUACAUUAGCGAAGACGACAAAACAGUAUUCCGUGAGGCAAUUGGCCAUUUUGAGUCGAUUCCUACGGACGAACUCCUUGAUGUGUUAGGUCGUUACGAUUGUAAAACUCUGGCGAAAGAAGAUAAUAUUAAACAAAUCAUUGACGAACUAGCCCACCAAGAAAUUCUUCAGAAGUCUGCUUUCAUAUCUGAUUGCUUUAAUAAAGUCCUAGUAAAUUUGGUAGAUGUCAACGAAUUUAAUGAAAUUUAUAGAACUAGCAAUCCAACAUCUAGAAACAUACUAGCAGCUUUGUUAUAUGAUGACAACUUGUCCGAGGAAGCAGAAAAAGUAUCUGCUAUGUUAAAGAGAUAUAUACGUGAGGCUCCUGAGAAUAUUCGUAUGGCUUUUCUAAGGUUUGC